UGCCUCGUCCAAAGCCCUACUGAAAUUAGGGUUUGCAAAAGCAUAGAGAAACCCGAGCUCAGAUCUCAAUCCUGCAAACAUGGCGACUCAAAUGAGCAAGAAGAGAAAGUUCGUAGCUGAUGGAGUUUUCUUUGCUGAGCUGAACGAGGUUCUCACCAGAGAGCUGGCCGAGGAUGGCUACUCUGGUGUCGAGGUUAGGGUUACGCCAAUGCGCACUGAAAUCAUCAUCAGAGCCACUCGUACUCAGAACGUUCUUGGUGAGAAAGGGAGGAGAAUUAGAGAAUUGACGUCCAUUGUACAAAAGCGAUUCAAGUUUCCUGAGAACAGUGUGGAGUUGUAUGCCGAGAAAGUCAACAACAGAGGACUUUGUGCUGUUGCUCAGGCCGAAUCGCUACGGUACAAGCUCCUUGGAGGCCUUGCCGUUCGCAGGGCCUGCUAUGGUGUUUUGAGAUUUAUUAUGGAAAGUGGGGCAAAGGGAUGUGAGGUGAUUGUUAGUGGGAAAUUGAGGGCACAACGUGCCAAAUCCAUGAAGUUUAAGGAUGGGUACAUGAUAUCUUCUGGUCAGCCAGUCAAGGAAUAUAUUGACUCAGCUGUGAGACAUGUGCUUCUAAGACAGGGUGUACUUGGUAUCAAGGUCAAGAUCAUGCUUGAUUGGGAUCCCAAGGGAAAGCAAGGCCCCAAAACGCCUCUCCCUGAUCUUGUCACCAUCCACACUCCCAAGGAAGAAGAAGAAUACAUCAGGCCUGAAAAGUUGGCAACUGAUAUUGAGGUCCCAACGGCUUAAUCCCCCUGUGAUUAUUACUACUGCCCUAAAAUUAGAUGCCAGUGCCAUAUGUAAUCUGGAAUUUUUUAGCACAUUUAAAUUUUGACUAUGAGACUUGCUGAGUUUUUAUAUCUUAAAACGUUUCUCAAAUUUUGUUUUAUUCCAGCGGGUUUGUGUUCAAGAGUCAA